AUGUUGACGAUUGUGCUCGCGACGAACUGCACUGGUCCCGUGUCCAACAUCAUUGGUUUUGUCACCAACGGCCAGGAGCCAGAGUUGAGAGCAUAUCUACAGACGGCCUCAGUCGUGCAGUGGUUUUCGGCGCUGAUCCCGGUGAACCCCGAAGUCCAGAAGCGCGCGCACGAGGAGCUCGACAGGGUCGUCGGUCGAAGACGAAGCACCCCUCACGUCGCGUCGGGGGACUACCUCUGCGAUAGCCUCACUGCGGCGCAGAGUUCGAACCUGCCCAACCCCAACCAGCGGGACGAUUGGAUCUUCGGCGCCGGCCGGCGUGUCUGUCCAGGUAUGAUCGUAGCCGAGCGCGAGAUCUGGCUGGCCAUCUCGCGGAUGCUGUGGGCCUUCGAGCUCAAGAUCGUCCUGGGCCACCCAAUUGACCUCAACGGAUAUGACGCGCUUUCGGGACGGUCCCCAGUGCCCUUCAAGAUAUCGCUGUGAACAAGACAUGACAAUGUUAGCCGGACCUGGAGUCCACCUACGGCGGCACGACCAGUACGUACUCAGAGUAAACAUGCACGUAGCCAUCGAGUCGUGGCACGAAACGAUUGGAUGCGAUGAACGGUGGUAAUAACUAAGCGUCCCUGGCUCUGGAUCGGAGGUUCGCUUGAGUCGCCGUCACUCGGCGGUUCGGAUUCAUUUGCAUGAACGGCGAUACUUGUAUUGAUAGUUAGCUCAGUUGUAACGUGAGAGGGUCAAACCAACCACCGAUUGACAGCAGAAAAAGGAC